AUGCCCACAGAACCAUUUAUCGUUAACCUUGGAGCUUCCAAUCAUAGUCUCAUCAGAGGAUGUCCUGGAGUUCCAAAAACUUGCCCAAGAGUUGAGAGUGUUCUUGAAAUUCGUUCUAAAGACGGUGGGUCGUUUGCUAUCAAAACCAUAAUCUUAGAAUUAAAUACUCUUCAGUCGGUAAGCGUACCUUCGACAGCUGGAAUUAGCUCGAAUGAUGCUCAUAGAGCAUAUGGUAUAUUUAAGGAUACUAUUUAUAACUCUGAAAAGCUUGGGUCAGAGAAAGUACUAGGAAUGGACUUACCAUUUGUUAUUCCAAUCAAUAAGGACAUUAUAUCAAGUGGGAAAAAUAGCAGGUGGAAUGCUAAAACAACACAUAACAUAACCGCAAAGAUAGGAUGGUUCAAUGGUUCAAAGUUGGAAGUUUUCACUAUUUCAUUUCCGUUAAUUGUUAAACGAUACGAUACUUUGCCAUUAUACAGACAAUUCAAUGAGCCAAUAACCAAAACUAUGGACUCUCCGGACAAGAAUAUUUUGGUUGAAUAUUCAUUACCAAACAGUUCGGUAGGGCCGAAUGAUGAAUUGGUUUUAUAUAUGAAAAUUUCUCCAAAUAGUAAUUUCUUGCACAACGGUGGGGCCACGGAGACUACUAAAAGAUUAUCAUUCAUGAAAAAGAAGCCUCCGGUCUUCAAAUUGAAAAAAAUCCAAUUUGAACUUCGGGAAGUAUUGGUUUGCCAUGAAUCCGGAUUGUCUUCCAAACAAACAAAAUUAUUAUCUAAGCAACAAGAUUUUGAUGCAGAAUUGGGGCCAGACGGUAUUACUACCCAGAUUUCAUUUGAUUUUCCGUCAGAGAUUACAAAAAUCAUUUCGAACUCAUCAUCAAAUGCUGUUAAUUCCUCAUCUCAAUUGAAGAAGCUACCUUUGUCAUCCUUAAGCAAUAAUAACAGCAGUUCUAACGUUCUCAGUAAUACUAAUUCCACAAAGAUAUCGCGAAAUAGCAUGGAUGGUUAUAGACCACAACUUACAAAAAGAUUGACUGGGGGCUUACUAUCUUCAACAAGCAAUAAACGAAGAAGCUUAGACUUGAGAAAUGUCAAUCAAAAUUACCAGUCAUUGUUAUCUUCGUCAUCAUCAAUUGAAAAUUUGCGAAAUGCAGAUACAUCAUUUGAUAGUGUUCAGAGUGAUGAUACACUCGAUAUUAAACCGGUACCCACCAUACAAUCAGUCGGGUUGAAUCAUAAUAAUAAGACAUUAACCACAAAUACCAAAUUACUUGAGGAAGUUAACAAUGGUAUUCCAAUAACUCAUAUGCAAGGAUUCACAACCAAUGGGAAAUUGUUUUCCAUUAAGUACGAAUUGGUCUUUAAGGUCAAGAUUCAUAAUAGUAAUUCUGGGUCAUCAAAAUCUUCGGUAAAGUUUACCCAGCCAAUUACUGUUUCUCCGUAUGAUCGAAUCCAAAGUGUUAGACUUUUGAAGUGGAUUAUUAAAGAAUGGGAAUUUGCACAGUUUAUUAAUAAUACUACUUUCCAAACUAAUUUUGAUAACAAAAAGGUCAAUUAUAUUAAUAGUUUCACUACUACUACCAGUGCCGCGAUUGCAAACACCCCAAUUAACUGUGACGUUGAUUUUGAUAACGUUGCAGAUGAUAAUGAUGAUGAAUAUUGCAAUUUCGACACCACAAACGAGCUUUUGACCGAUGCGGUUUUCAGGGCUAGUGUUAGUUUGAAUGUUUCUGGUAACACCCAGUCGAAAAACAACUUCUUCAAUGUUUCAAAAAAUAUGAACAAGUAUCAUCAACAAAAUGGCAAUCACUAUUAUGAUUAUAGUAUUGGGGCUUUGAGAAACGGAGAAUUCGAAUCCAAGAAUCUCAAUUAUGAAUCUUUUUCUAAAUCACAAAAUAGAAGAAGCCUCAGAGUUGAUAGUGGCAGAAAUGAUAUAGAAGGGAACGAUGACGAUGCUGAAGAUCCUUAUGCUUUGACGAUUUAUCAAUGUAAGCCAUUUCAUGUUUACAGACCUCAAAACCAAAUGGACUGGAAAUUAUUAGGAUUGUCUGAUCGAGCAAUCGGUGCUCAUGGAAAAUCUAUUGUCCAUUAUAUUGAUUGA